AUGAAGAAAUUAUUCUAUCUAUUACUCAUUUCCACUUUAUCAUAUCAAACAUUUGCAUCAUUUUGUGGCUCAACUGGUGUACCAUUUAGUUUUGAAGUGCUACCUUCAGGUGCACCAAUACUUGGCUGUGCACAACCAACCUGUGUAGCGGCAAAUUUAAAAGGUAAAAAAGAUGAUAGCAAUUUUCUGGUAAAUGCAAAUGGACAAGCAGAUGGUUUUAUGCGUGAAGAUGAUAAAGAUAGUAAAGCAUAUGGUGAUCCGUAUGGUAAUAAACUUUAUGCUAAUUGUUCCGGUCAAUUUUCUGAUCUGUCAUGUUUACGGAAAGAUCAAUGGGUUGGUGGUAUCGAAUAUAUUGAUCAUCCACGACAACCAUUAAUCCUACAAUGCUGUACAUUUCCUGGAUUACGAUUUUCGCAAGAGGUUGGCAUAACAAAUGUUGGUCCAGGUGAAGCAAUUACCGGUGGUGAAGUAAUUAGAGAUGGGCGACAGAUAAGUUUUGAUGUGAUAGCAAAUGCUCGAAAAGUAGUAGAUGCUAAUACACAUAUUGUUUCAUAUGAAGUAACGGUACGGAGAAUGCAUUGUUUACCGGAUCCACCGGAACCAGUUGUUGACUUUAAAAAGGAUGUUAGUGAUGAGAUAGUGAAAGUAUUGACAAAAGGAACUGACCUUUCAACUUUUCGAAAAGAGAAAUCAUUGAAAAAGGAAAAAUUGGAUGAAUUACAAGGGAAAAAAACAUUGACAGAUAAUGGUUCAAACAAAAUUGACGAGAAAAAACAAUACAAGAGAAUUGAAAUUGAAGAAAAGGAAAAUUUGAAAACAACUAUGAUGAUGAAUAGAAAUGAUGCAAUGCAGAAGCGAAAAGAAAUUGAUGUUAAAGCAGAAAUAACAUUAAAACCAAAUAUUGCUCAAUCAUUAGCUAUUCCAUUAAGCAAUCGUAAAUUGGAAACAGAUCAUUCUUCAGAUCAUUCUGAUAACAAUAAUUUCUCAGAUGAUAACAAUCAUAAUUUUGCUACUCAUCUAAUAGCACAAGGUGGUGAAUCAAAAGCAUUUGGUCAACAACAGGUAAAUAUGUUUGGUCAACAAAUACCACAGCUACCAUUACCACAAAAUGAUUUUGCUUUUGGUUCUGUUCAGCAACAAGGAACUAAUCAAAUUAUUCAACCAGGACAAAAUCAGAAUCAAAUUAUUCAACCAGGACAAAAUCAGAAUCAAAUUAUUCAACCAGGACAAAAUCAGAAUCAAAUUAUUCAACCAGGACAAAAUCAGAAUCAUGAACCAUGCACAACACAAUGUCAACAAACACCAUGCUUUUUAAAUCAAUGUAAUCAAGGCUUAAAUCCGGUUUUAGGAUUUCCUACACUUUUCCCAAUUACUUUUCCAACAUUACCAGGUUUUCCAACCUUAAAACCACAACCUUUUCAACCAUUUAUAACCAAUACUUAUCCUACUGCAGCUCCACCACCACCACCACCUCCACCACCACCACCACAACCACUAUAUCAACCUGUUCCUGGCUCUUCACCUUCUCAACAAUCAUUUCAAUCUAUUCCAAAUUAUUUUGAUCAAUCUAAUUCUGAUCAUGUUGCUUCAUUCAAUUUACCAUCAUAUUAUGAUACAACUGGUGCUAAAAGAAAUGUUAACUCGAACGGUAGAUUUAUGCCACUAUCAAUUGCUCCAAUAACACAUACUCUUACAACACCUGCAAUAAACGCAAUUCCAACACAACAACUUUCCGGAAGACCAAUGCUUUUAUCCGGAAAUCAAAUUCCUAGCAGUCAAGUUACAAUAAGGCCAUUAACAUCAUUUGAAGAAUUUAUGGCAAAACUUGGUUAUCAUAAUGUAAGUUUUGCAACUUUAGCACCAGCAGGUGCAUUAGUAAUUUCACCUGAAUUUACGGUAGCUACUCCAUUUCCUAUUCUUUCACCUUCAUUACAAGCGACAACUGCUACUGCUGAUAAUCAAGCUCAAAUGUUUAAUCCAAGAACUGGCAUUCAAUCAUAUCAACCAGAUCAAUAUCAUCAUUCUUCUGUAUACUAUAUACCGCAGCAAGAGCAACCAGUAGAUUUGGAUGAUGCAAUGCUACAACGAACAGGCCUUCGACAACUGUGA